CAGGCUAAGGAAAGAGGCUGGGUGCGGGUCUGGCCUUGCCAGCCCAGUUAAAGACCAGCGGCCCGGAGGUGCCCUCCCGCGCGGCCCCUCUGCGUUCCUCCCUGCCCAGCCCAGCAGAAUUCACCCCUGGAGCUUUAAGGGGUGGGCUCUGCCCACUACGUGCCUUUGUGCGUCAUUCUCGUGCGCCCUGAGCCUCGGUCUCCACGUGGGUUCGGUGGAUAAACCCGGGCUGGGGAUCAUGGCGGGAACCGAGACUGGGGACGCCGCAGCAGGAGCCGAGGCCCCUCAGCCUCAGAAGCGCUACUAUCGGCAGCGGGCUCACUCCAACCCCAUGGCGGACCAUACGCUGCGCUACCCCGUGAAGCCAGAGGACAUGGAUUGGUCUGAGCUAUACCCAGAGUUCUUUGCUCCACUGACUCAAAAUCAGAGCCACGAUGACCCAAAGGAUAAGAAAGAAAAGACAGCUGAAGCCCAAGUGGAGUUUGCAGACAUAGGCUGUGGCUAUGGGGGCCUGUUAGUGGAACUGUCACCGCUGUUCCCAGACACGCUGAUCCUGGGUCUGGAGAUCCGGGUGAAAGUCUCAGAUUAUGUGCAAGACCGGAUUCGGGCCCUACGAGCGGCUCCUGGAGGUGGUUUCCAGAACAUCGCCUGUCUCCGUAGCAAUGCCAUGAAACACCUUCCUAACUUCUUCCGCAAGGGCCAGCUGACAAAGAUGUUCUUCCUCUUCCCUGACCCACAUUUCAAGCGGACAAAGCACAAGUGGCGAAUCAUCAGUCCCACACUACUGGCAGAAUAUGCCUACGUGCUGAGAGUUGGGGGGCUGGUAUAUACCAUAACUGAUGUGCUGGAGCUACAUGACUGGAUGUGCACCCAUUUUGAAGGGCACCCCCUGUUUGAGCGCGUGCCUCUGGAGGAGCUGAGUGAAGAUCCCAUUGUGGGACAUCUGGGCACCUCGACCGAGGAGGGAAAGAAAGUUCUACGCAACGGAGGAAAGAAUUUCCCAGCCAUCUUCCGAAGAAUACAGGAUCCCACCCUCUAGGCAGUGACCCCCCAUCCUACCCUUCCUGAUCACUGACUUUGCCUUAGUUGGACCCCAUCUUCCAGGGACUGGAAAGAAGACUGGGCCCUUGGACCUUCCCAGCUGAGCCUGCUAGGGCUGAGCGGCAACAGUCUCUCAAAGAAGUUGAGGAACUGCCCAGGGCAGAACCCUGGAGUUCAUGACCACCCCUGACUCCUCUCACUUUCUUACCCUUCCAGUGGCAGCAGAAAGCAAAAGCAGCUGACUGGGAAGGUCAAAAGACCUUGGGCCAGAAGGGAUCUUUGGAAGGGAGUGGAGUCUUGCUCUCCCUUAGCAGUCCCUUCUCCUGGGAUUUCUCCUUCUCAGCUGGAGUGAAGAACGCAAUUCUCCACUGUCCAUCUAAACUGCCUUCUAAGCUCAAA